UGUAGGGCUCCGCCCUCACUUUGUGUCAGCAGGUAGGAGCCGAGCCGUCCCGGGGAAGGAAGGAGGGAGCGGAGUGCGGAGUGGAAGAGGCGAAGCUGGGAAAGUAGUUCUCCCGGCGGGACGAGGCGCUCCUCUCCGGUUGGAUACCUGUGUCAGUAGCGGGGAGAAGGAUGUUGGCGGGGGAGUGAGGAAUGGCCGGGGCUGCAUGCGGUGGUUAGUGGCCCCUCUCCCGGGACUAUGGAUGCCGGGCGCCGGGUGCAGUAUGAGUAGAGGCCGGCUGGUGUCCCUGUGUGUCCUCCUCCUCAUCCUCAGCGCUCUACAGGCGAGCCUCGCCGUCUCCCAGACCCGAGCCCUCAUCCGGGUCUUCCCCCUCAGGAUGGACACCCCCAACUUCACCGUGGAGGGGCUCUUCGCUAAGGUGGCCGACGUCAGCUCUGCCGAGGGCAGGCUCUUCCAGUUUCACCCACUGUCCUUGUGCAAUGCUAGUGAUGACGAGCCGCCAAAGUUCACAUUCAUCUCAAUUGUCAAACUGGAGAGCCCGGAGCGUUCUCCCCAGCCAUGUUUAUCUUUGGCAAGCAAGGUCCGCCUUGCAGGGGAGAGAGGAUCUCGCGCAAUACUGUUUGAUAUUAGUGAUGAUGAGGGAGCUGCAGACCAGUUACAGCAACCAGCUGGAUUAAGUCAGCCUGUGGUGCUAUUACGGGGCCGUGAUGCUGAACGUUUGAUGAACCUUGUGCACAACAACACAGAGGCGCUGGUGAUGAUUGAGGUUCCGGAGCAGCCCAAGUGGCCUGACCAUGACAUCUGGAUUCUGGUCACAGUGGUGGGCACAGUCUCGGUCAUCGUCCUAUACUCUGUAAUCCGACUUCGCUGCAAGCAGACCCCAUCACAGGACUCCUUACAACAGCAGACUUCGUUGGCUAUAAGCCGACUUGGUACCAGAAAAUACCAACCUCGAAGGUCAAGAGACUGGCGUGCAAAUGGUGGCAAAGUGGAAACUGCAAGCACCAGCAGUUCUGUGCCAGUGUGUGCUGUAUGCCUAGAGGAAUUCUCAGAAGGACAGGACUUGAGGGUAUUGCCUUGCUGCCAUGAGUAUCAUCUGGAGUGUGUUGAUCCAUGGCUAAGGCAGAACCACACCUGUCCCCUGUGUAUGUUUGACAUCUUAGAAGUGAACACCCCUUCACGUCCCGAACAGUCCCGUCCCCCUGCGCAGCCACAGUUUUGGAGACCUUACCCAGGUGCUGCUCAUUUGCAGUAUCCUCCACAGCCCCACUCUACAUCCUUAGUGUAUCCUCCAAUGAAUAAUAGGAUAUUUGUGUCCCGCACACCCUAUUUUCUUGGCACUGGACAGCCCUGGGAUGCAGCAGUGCCUCGCCAUCACCGAUGGGCACCAGAGGGCCCCAGAGAAGUGAUAAUCCCCCCUCACUCUCAGGUUUCCAGUGGAUAUUUGCCAGAUGACCCAGGCAGUGACAGCAGCUCAGGUCCAUUCAAUGGUGGGUCCUCCAGUGAGAACUGUACAGAUGUCAGUCUACGUUGCCUACAAGGUUCCUCCUCCUCUUCUUGCCACAGCUCCCAGAGCAACCCAGGGGAUUCUCCCCCUCCAGCACUUGCCUCUAUUCUUCUACCUCAGAAUGAUCUACCAGGAUUCAACACUGUUGUGCCAACACAGAAUUCUUAUGCUAGUCAUGUUCAUUAUCAUCAGCAUCGACAUCACCACUACAGACGUCACCACUCUGUGUCCCACCCCCACAGAGCCAAAAGGAGGUCUCGACCCUCUAGAGGAGAGGUCAGGACGGACUUGGGUUGUCAGAGGGAACACAGGACAUCUAAUAGUGGAGAAUCUAGAUCUCUUUUAACGCGUAAGGAACCAAGGACUCUAUCAUCUAAACAUUGCCCUGAUCCAAAAACUAAUCGGGAGGCUAUCAGGCAAAGCCAGUCCUCACCGCUGUCUCCUUCACAAACACAUGAGCCACAUGAACCUGAACCCUCAACUUCUUUAAGAAACCACAGGGCUGAACCUUUAACUAGAAGUCACCGAAAGAAAAGAUCCUCUGCAUCAGGGCAACCUCCUCCCUACAGUACCCGCAACUUCUGCACCAACCUUGGUGUUCAGCACUGUGAAAGAACUCAGCCCAUGUGGGUGGAGGGUGGCAGAAUUGUACAUGCUAAACUAAACACGCACAGAGAAAACACAGCAAUGAUGCACUUGUAUCACCCACCUCAUCAUGACCAUGGUGCUGAUACUGAAGGGAUUGAAGCUGUUUGUGAACAUGCAGUGUAAAAUCCAGCAGUACAUUCAUGUUUGGCAUGACCCAACAGUACAGACUGCAGUGGUGGGGGAUGCAGAGUCCCUAGCACUUGCCUUCUAAUCCAAGCUUCCAGAUCCUCCCUCAGCCAUUAAGGUCAUUUUCCACCCUUUUCAUCUCCGCAGAGUCUGUGCAGCUGCUGACUUAGUCCACAACAUCUGUGCAUAAUGUUCCUGUGAUGUGACUGAGAGCUCCUUACAUCCAUACAAUAUCCCAUGCCUGGGCAGCCAUUCACAGGAUCAAUGACCUGCAAGCACUUCUCUAAAGGAGAUCAUCAGAGUGAGAGUUAAAGAAAGACCUGACCACUAUUGGUCAAUGAAUGUAUGGCUUGAUGCACAUAGCACAGCCUUGUUGAUCUUCAGAGCAUACCAUUCAUACUACUUGCCAAGACUGAACCAUUCCAUGACCAACAAUUCCAGAAAAUGCAGCUGAACAGGCAAAUCAUCAGUCAUUUUUAUUCAUGUUAUAUUGCCAGUCCAAUAUAUAAUGUGCGCUACACGGCUCACUGGAAUCACUUCUUAUUUGCACUUACCAAACCACCUUUAAGACUGGAUUCGGUGCCAACUUUGGCCUUUUUGCCCCGCGUUCUAUGGUGUAAAACAUUCAUUUUGAAAUGGCGCUAUCUUUUUUUGGAAUUGUUUUACAAAAAGACUACAGAUCUCACAGGUACCUAAUUGGUAAUUUUACCAUAAGUGACUUCUCAGGUACUGCCAAUACAAACCAAGCUCACAUCUAAA